UAACUCUUUAAUGUUUUGAUUCAGGAGAAAGUAGUUCCGGCACCUUGUUUAUAUCAGUCACUCGUGACUGAUAACUUGAUCUAUCGUCACUGAUAAAUUCCAGUAUUUCAUUCAUAUGUAUAUAAUAAAAAGAUAUAUCCCUAUCAAAAUGUGAGUAGUAUAUUGCCAUGUGGAUGAUACCAAUCGAAAAAAAAAAAAUCACGUGACCACAUAAAUUUCAAAUAUAUUUAAUAUUUCGCAUCUGAAGCCAUCAGCCAUUCGGAUUCAACAUGUCGAUGUUCAAAGUCAUCUGUCUUCUAGUUGCCAUCGAACCGUCGUUUGGAUCUUGUCCCGGGCCAGAAGAGCUUCCUGACAAGUUAGGGGCUUUUUUGAAUGAUCUACAAGACGCAAAGGCCUUACUACGUACUUGCUCUGAAAUCACCAAUGAGCAGUGCCCAUGUUUGGACGGGGAUACGGAAUGCUUUGAAAACAGACUAGAAGACGUCAACACCACGUUAUGUUCUCUGAUCAACCAGUCCAUCAAUGUAAUCAAUGCUGCACCAGCUGUCUGCCCUGCGCACGAAGGAUGCGCGGCUCUGGUUGCGGGAUGCAAUUCUUCUGUCAUUGCUGUGGUCGACCCAGUUGGGACUAUCCUGUCAAGUAUAGACACACUUGCAGAUGUCAGCGCUCUUACAGUUUACGGAUCCAAUGGCUCGUAUUACACCAUCUGCUACAUUAGUAAUGACCCUUUCGUCGUAAGAUGCUUGCUCCUUCCUAGUGGGGAAACAAGAGUUAUCCUUGAUAUCGAUUUAACCUCAGUUUAUGGAGAAGGGACUGGCAUAGCUUAUUGUGACGGUUUGGUUUACGUGGCCUUUGACUUACCUGAACCUCAACAAGAUGGUCUUCUGUCAGUCAGUACAGAAGGACCCCCGUUCUCCGUCCUUCCUGUUGUCGAUAUCUCCUGCAAUGCAGGCACAGUCAGAGCGUUUAACGGGCGAGUGUAUUUCGUCAAUUGCAAGACAAUCGAAUCCGUCAACAAGACAGGUGGAGAUUUGCAAAUCGAGAUGAUCUUUUCGACGACGACUAUUUCCUUUGAUGUCCUUGAUGACGGUAGAAUAGUUUUUUGUGAUGCGUUUGGGGGUCUAUGGAUCCAUGAUCAGAACGUCACGUGUUUCAAGCUCUUGGACUGUCGUGAGGUCGAUAAUGGGGAUCCGAUGCCAUGUGGGGAUGUCAAGAUCAACCGCUGUACCUCGCUUAUCUACGUGGCCUACCCUGAUGACGAGGUUCUCGUCAUUUAUAACUCGACGUCCUGUGAUGAGGAAGGGACACUGACGUACACACCAUCCGAACCAACGGGCUGUCCGAGUCUGGAGUUUAAACCAACCUGCGUCUCGGACAUGUCUUCAAGUGUGGAAGGAUCAAACAGUCAAGGCGGGUCCAACAGUACAAGCACGAGUGGGUCUACAAGCACGGGUGGAUCUGAAAGCACGGUUGAAUCCAAAAGCAUAAAUGGGUAAAAGCAUUGGUGGGUCUAAAAGCACGGGUGGGUCUAAAAGCACGAGAGGGAUUUAAAGUAUGGGUGGGUCCAAAAGUAUGGGAGGGUCGAAAAGCAUGGGUGGGUCCAAAAGUAUGGGAGGGUCCAAAAGCACGAGUAGGUCUAAAAGCAUUGGUGGGUCUAACAGCACGGGCGGUUCCAAAAGCAUGGGCGGGUCCCAAAGUAUGGGUGGGUCCAAAAGCAUGAGUGGGUCCAAAAGCAUGGGUAGCUCUAACAGUAUGGGUGGGUCUAAAAGCAUGAGUGGGUCUAAAAGCAUGAGUGGGUCUAAAAGUAUGGGCGGGUCCAAAAGCAUGGAUGGGUCCAAAAGCAUGGGUGGGUCUAACAGUAUGGGUUGGUCUAAAAUAAUGAGUGGGUCUAAAAGCAUGAGUGGGUCUAAAAGUAUGGGCGGGUCCAAAAGCAUUGGUGGGUCCAAAAGCAUGGGUGGGUCCAAAAGCAUUAUUUGGUCUAAAAGCAUGAGUGGGUUUCAAAAGUAUGGGCGGGUCUAAAAGCAUGAGUGGGUCCAAAAG